UAAUCUUAACUUGUAUAUUUCUUUCUUUAGAUUCCAUCCCAAAAAACCAGUUAGCCAUAACAAGAAAAAGAAAAGCUACAAGCACCACAAAUGCCACCUCUAUUCCUAAGGAUCCAUAUUCACUCCUUUGUUUACGUUAUUACAACCUCCUAGUUUUCAUUUCUCAUUUGUUUUGUCUUGUCUUUGUCCCAAACAAGCUGAAACCCCUCCUCCUCCUCUAACCAAACCAAAUCACCAAAACUCCUCCUUCACCUUGUUCUUCAAUUCAACAAAUUAAACAAUCAAUCACAACGCGAAAAAUGGAUCCAAAUGAGCUAAAGCGUGUAUUCCAAAUGUUCGAUAGGAAUGGGGACGGUAGAAUAACAAAGAAAGAAUUAACGGAUUCUUUGGAGAAUUUAGGAAUCUUCAUACCUGACAAGGAGUUAACACAAAUGAUCGAGAAGAUUGAUGUCAAUGGAGACGGUUGCGUGGAUUUAGACGAGUUUGGUGAGUUAUAUCAAUCCAUCAUGGACGAAAAAGAUGAAGAGGAAGACAUGAGGGAAGCUUUCAAUGUCUUUGAUCAAAAUGGUGACGGUUUUAUAACCGUCGAGGAACUGAGAGUGGUUUUGUCAUCUCUUGGUCUUAAACAAGGAAGAACCGUUGAGGAAUGUAAGAGGAUGAUUAUGAAGGUGGAUGUUGAUGGUGAUGGUAUGGUUAAUUAUAAGGAGUUUAAGCAAAUGAUGAAAGGAGGAGGUUUCAGUGCUCUUGGUUAAUUCUAUUUCAUUGCCCAUUUUAGCCUAGCCUAGCUAUCUAUAUAUAUUUAUUUAUUCAUGUUAUAUGUAAUGUAUUGUAACAAAAUGCAAGCAAUGGUAAUUCAAUUCAUUCAUUUCCCAUCUUUUGUGUGUACAACAUAAGAUAAGAUGAGAUUUGUGUUUUUCUUUUUCUUUUUAUGGGACAAGAUAGAGAUAGGGUGUUUUUUUCUUUUCUUUUUUUUCCACUUUGUUAGGCUUGGUUAACUAUUUGAUCAUUUCAUUUCAACUUUGGUGUCUCCA